AUGGGCGCUCCACUAGGAGAGAAAGUGUCAAAACCUGGGCGGGUACUUUCUGACCCUCAGCAGGCGGGCAAUCUUGAGCGGUCUCUGACGGAAAGCACAGCUAUACUGGGUUAUUCUGUCUAUGAGCCCUGGAAGAAAUGGCUCAUCGUGGCCCUAACCUCCCUCGCAGCCAUGUUCUCCCCCCUCUCGUCGAACGUCUACUUUCCCGCUAUCCCCGUGAUCGCAACCGCCUUCAGCACCUCAAUAGAGCGCAUAAAUAUAACCGUUACAGUGUACAUGCUUCUUCAAGGCCUUUCCCCAGCAGUAUGGAGCGGGUUAGCGGACUCGCGACUCUGUGGCCGCAGACCGGUGUACUUGGCUUGUCUUGCCCUCCUCGCGCUGAGCUGCGUUGGGCUUGCAUUCACUCCGGUUGAUGCAUAUUGGCUGCUGGUGCUUCUGAGGUGCUUUCAGGCAGCUGGGUGUGCGAGCGUGAUAGCUAUCAGUAGUGGAACGAUCAUGGAUAUAGCGGCGCCGGGUGAGAGAGGGAUCUUCCUAGGUGUGUCGAGCUUGGGUGCGAUGUUCGGCUCAUGUAUCGGACCAGUGAUCGGUGGUGUCCUGGCGGGAAGAUACGGCUGGAGGGCGAUCUUCUAUUUCCUCCUUGCCGCCUCAGCGCUCUGUUUCCUCCUCGAGCUUCUCUUCCUGCCCGAAACCCUACGCGCGAUCGUGGGGGAUGGCUCUCUCCCCGCUCCGCGUUGGAACCGCCCACUCCUGCCUGUUCUUGGUCAAGCAUGGCGAGAGGGUAUGCACGACGGCAAGAGUUCAGAGCUGCCAAGACGAACGGGCCCACUGGACUUCGUGAAACUGUUUACACAUAUAGACGUUUGUUUAAUUCUAUGGACCAAUGCGGUAUCAUUCACCAUGUUCUACUGCAUUCAAACCACCCUUUCUCCUCUAUUUCUCGCUGCCUAUCCCUCCCUCACCGAAACCGAAAUCGGCUUGUGCUACCUCGCCUCCGGCGCCGGGUGCAUCGUCGGCGCGCCGCUGUCUGGCCGGCUGCUUGACAUUUCCUGGGCACGGGAAGAGGCACGGGUGAAGCGAGAAGGGGGACAUGUGCGCAAGGAACAUGCACGGUUGAGCUCGUCACCCAUCUAUUGGGGAUUGAACACUGCGGUGUUGGCCGCUUAUGGUUGGUGUGUGCGCUUCGGAGUCAGUGUGGGCGUCACGUUGUUGUUGCAAUUUUUCGCGACAUGCAUGACAAUGUGCAUUUUUACUGUCAGUCAAACGCUAUUGAUGGACCUCUUUCCCGGGCGAGGAUCCGCAGUAGGCGCUGCAAACAACAUCGUCCGCUGUCUUCUAGGCGCAGUAGUGAUUUCCGUCAUCGAUUUCGUCAGGUUGGCAAUUGGACCCGGGUGGACCUUCACCGCGCUUUCGGUGUGGUGCGUACUGACGUAUCCUUUGGUCCUGCUGGAGUGGAGGUACGGCACACACUGGGCGGCGAAACGGAAGUCGACGUAAUGCACUCUGUCGGAGGAAGUCCUAAUAGAUAUGCCGAGGCGCGCAUCGACUCAUUGGGAGGACACUUAGGGACGUGUUGGGUACUUGAUCGUGUAAUCAAUCGCAUAUACAUUCAC